AUGGGGCGCACAAAACGCCCGGACGGGUCGCAGACGCCGAGGGGUCACUCCUCCAGCACCUCGGCUGGCCCCAUGGACGGAUUUCUGGCACCCGCGACGACCACGCUGCAGGAGGCCGCAGGCUCCAACAUGGCCGACUCACCGGCCCGCUCCAGGGCGACGGAGGGAGGCGAAACAACGCUGGCGGACAUAAGUGCUGAUCUGAAGGCACUUGCCACGAAUAUGGUCACCAAGGAAGACCUCCGCAGCCUCUCUGACACCCUCCAUGCCGCCAUCCGCACAGAGGUAACCGCGCUGCGGUCAGAAAUGACAGCGCAUGCUUGCAGGCUACAGCACUUAGAAUCUGCCACACAGUCCCACACAGCCCAAGCUGAAGCCUCUACCCUAGCUAUCUCCAGACAGGGGAACAUGCUGCUGGCCCUCAGACGCCACGCGGAGGAUCUAGAUAACAGAGGCCGCAGGUCCAAUAUUAGGGUACGCGGCCUGCCAGAGCCAGAUGGCGAGGAAGACGUGGAGGCGCGCAUUCUUCAGAGGUUUACUGGGCGCUGA